UGGUGGUGAUUAAUAUCGUCGUCGGAGGUAUCUUGAGCGGAAGAAAACAUUCGUAGAUCUGUUUCCGCAUCUGCUUAACAACUUCAGCGUCGGAGAUCACAAACCAUGGCCAUCGCUUUAUCUAAGCUUCUGAUCUCCGCCAUGGCGGUAUUCAUGCUUGUUUCUGCUUCGUUUGCGACCUCGGAAGUUCCGUUCAUGGUGGUUCACAAGAAAGCCACUCUCAACAGGCUCAAAUCUGGCGCCGAACGCGUCUCCGUUUCCUACGACAUCUAUAACCAAGGAUCCUCGACGGCGUAUGAUGUGACUCUGACAGAUAAUAGCUGGGAUAAAGCUACUUUUGAGGUUGUUAAUGGAAACACUUCGAAAUCAUGGGAAAGACUUGAUGCAGGAGGUAUCUUGUCUCAUUCUUUCGAACUGGAGGCCAAGGUUAAAGGAGUCUUCUACGGUGCUCCUGCUGUCGUUACUUUCCGUAUCCCUACAAAGCCAGCUCUUCAGGAAGCGUACUCAACUCCACUACUACCUCUAGACAUCCUCGCAGACAAACCUCCAACGAAAAUUUUGGACGUGGCCAAGAGGUUGCUGGCGAAAUAUGGAUCACUCGUCUCCGUGAUCUCCAUGGUGGUUUUGUUCAUAUACUUGGUGGCAACACCUAAGUCCAACGUAUCAAAGGCAAGCAGCAAGAAGAAGCGUUAAGUUAGUGAUAUGAAGGUGAGAAAGGUUGGUACGGUGCUGUUUUGUGUUUGACACUUAAACAAAGUUUCAAAACUUGUAAGAAUUAGAGAACACAAUUUAAUUUUGGUGUUGCAGAGGACAUAGUUCAAAGAGUUAUUUUGGUUUUGCUUAAUCUCUUUGUCAGAGCA